GAUCUAUGUACUGUUGAUGCAGUUAAUGCUCAAACAGAUGCUGUAUUAAGUGAACGCAAAGAAUUUCUUGAAAAGCAAUUGCGUUUUACACCUAUUCCAUAUAGUGAAAUUUUCAUGAAAGACAAAUCUAUAAUAUUAAUAUCUGGAAUAGCUGGUAUUGGAAAAACAUGGUUGCUUAGAAAAUGUUUGCUUGAUUGGUCAAAUGGUCUAAUUUGGGAAAAUGUUAAACUUGUGUUUUAUUUGGAAUGUAAAAGGCUUAAUCAAUAUCAAAGUAUUUCAAAUAUUAAUGAAUUACUAAAUGUUUUCUACAAAGACAUUGUAAAUGAUUUCGAUAUUAGUAUUUAUUCUGCACUGUUUAUAAUUGAUGGAUUAGAUGAGUUUAAAUAUCUAAAUGAGUUAAUAAAUUGCAGUUCGAGUUAUAACUAUCCAAUUGUUAAUGUCUUUACAGAAAUUCAAAAAUAUAAAUAUGUAGUUGCUGGUAGAGUUUAUGCAAUUGAUCAGUUUCAAAGUAUAUCUACAGAGGAUUGUGAUAAGAUAAACAUUCAAAUUAUGGGAUUUAAUGAAGAUGGAAUAAAUAAUUAUAUAGAAAAUAAUGUUUUAGAGGAAAAAAAAGAUGUUGUGAAAACAACUUUGAAGGAAUCUGCAAUUACAAAAUCAAUGUCAUCUGUUCCAUUUUAUUUAUCUUUCAUAUGUAGGAAUAUUAGUAAUUCAAAAAAUUUAUACAAAAAUUCUUUUUUAACAAUGACAGACUUGUAUGCAAAUAUUUUUUUACACUUUUUGCAAAAACACAUCAUCAAAAACAAUGAAUCGAUUUCUCAAUUUAUGAAAAACAAAUACAAUAAAAAAUAUAUUUUAAACAUUUGUAAAACUGCAUAUCAAUUGCUUGUUGAAAAUAAAGUAAUUUUUUCCAAAGAAGACAUUCAAACUUUUAUCAUUGACUUUGAUAAAAAUGAAGAUAAUUUUUUAGGAUUUAUUGAAAGGAUUAAAACAAGUCUUGGUGAAUAUAUUUAUCAAUUUGCACAUUUGACAAUAAUGGAGUUUUGUGCAUCUAUAUAUGCAUAUAAUUGUUUAAGUAGUAAAGAGAUUAUGACCAAUGAAAAGCUGAAGAGUUGUUUAUCAAUGAUUUGUGGUUUAACCAAUAAAAAUCAAAAUAGUUCCUUAAAAUUUCUUGUUAACCUAAAUCGUUUAAAAAAAACUUGUGAAGAUUCUUUAUUUUUGUUUACUAUUUUUGAUAGUCUACUUAAAUUAUCUCGUCAAAGUGAAGACGAUCGUCAACUUGAAGCUUAUUACGUUAAUUUAUUCAUUGAAUGUUUUUAUGAAAGUCAAUCAUCAUUAACUGAUGAAAUAAAAUUAAUCGUUAAUAAACGAUAUUGGGAGAUUUUCAUUCACGAUGGAAAAACUUCUUACGAAACUUCUUGUGAAAAUUAUUUCGUAAAUCAUUACAUUAAAUCUGGAAGAAAGUUAUCGAAGUUAUAUGUUGAUAAAAAUAUUUUAAGUGAUGAAGAAAAAAAUAUUAUAUUUCAAUGUUCAAUAAAUGUUUGCAGUGUCUUCUUACGUUGUCCAAUUAAAAUCGAAGGAUGGAAACCAAAAGAUAAGAUUGAAAAGUUGUGGAUAGACAUUUCACGUUAUUUAAUAACGAAAAAAGAUUUUGAAGAAAAUUUUCUUCCGUGGAUUAUUCUUUGUUGUGAUGUAUUACGUCUUGACCUUCACGACGACAUCGACAUCAAUUUCAUUGAAGAGAUUUGUGAAUGUGAAUGGACUCGUUGUUCGUUGUUCAAGUUGUAUAUCUACUACCGUAAAAAUUUCUUUUCUAGCUUCAAUUCAUUAAAAGAAUUUAAAACGCGGAAAAAAUGUUUAAUAUCUUAAAUAAAAUAUAAACAAUAAUUAUAAAAUAAUAAAUGAAA